GCGGGACAACCAUUCAGAAAUCUCACAUUUCGCGAGACUGACUGUUGAAAUUUGAAAACAGGCGGCAGACGGAGAAACAACGUUACCAAAAGCUGCUCAACUUGUCCCCAAAAAGACACAGGAUGACUGCAGACAGUGAACUGGAGAUAAAGGAGGCAUUUCAGCGUGCUCAGAAAGGCCACAACAACAAAGCCAAACUGGUGGCCAGCCUCCAGAACCGAUACAACAAGCUGGAGGACAAGACGUUGUUCCAUGAGGAAUUUGUCCAUUACCUGAAGUAUGCCAUGAUCGUGUACAAGAGAGAACCUGCCGUAGAGAACGUUAUUGAGUUUGUCUCGAGGUUCGCCACCAGCUUCCAGACACCUCCUACCGAAGGAGGAGAGGAGGAGGAGGACGACGAGGAGGAGGAUGAGAACCCUUUCCUUAACUACAUUUUCAACUUCCUGUUGGAGUCCCACAAGGCCAACAGCCACGCGGUGAGGUUCCGAGUGUGUCAGCUGAUCAACAAGUUGCUAGGCAGCAUGGCGGAGAACGCCCAGAUCGAUGAUGAUCUGUUUGACCGGAUCCACCAGACCAUGCUGGUCAGAGUGACCGACAAGUUCCCCAACGUCAGGAUCCAGGCAGCUUUGGCCAUGGCCCGAUUACAGGAUCCACAGAACCAUGACUGUCCCACUGUUAAAGCCUACCUGUUGAUCUUGGAGAAUGAUUCUAACCCAGAGGUGCGUAGGGCUGUUCUGUCUUGCAUAGCCCCCUCGUCCAUCACCCUCCCCAAGAUAUUAAAACGCACCCGGGAUGUGAAGGAGAGUGUCCGGAAACUGGCCUACCAGGUUCUUGCAGAUAAGGUCCACAUCAGAGCGCUGAGCAUCGCACAGAGAGUCAGUCUGCUACAACAGGGUCUCCAUGACACUGCAGAGUCCGUCAGGGAGGUGGUUUGUGUCCGUCUCCUCCCGGCCUGGCUGCGUCUCCUCCAGGAAGAUAUACUGGAUCUCCUCCAUCGGCUGGAUGUUGAGAACUGUGCUCAGACCGCUCUGGACAUGCUGAGCGCCCUGUUUACGCACACACCCCAAGACCAGCUGCUAACUGACCCUCUUCAACUGGAUAACAGGAGGCUGAUCCCAGGGGACUGUCUGUCCUGUGAGAGGGUGCUCUACUGGAGAGCUCUUUGUGAGUUCAUGAAGACCAAAGGAGAUGAUGGAGAGGAGAUGCUGGACCAGCUGCUUCCGGAGGCCGCUCUCUUUGCUGAGUACCUCUAUGGGUAUGUGAAAGCAGUCCCAUUGCUGUCUGAGGAGCAGAGAGGAGACUUUGCUCAGCUCGAGCUGGUGAUGACUAAAGAGUUCAUCUCUCAACAACUCAUCCAUCUGAUUGGCUGCCUGGACACCAAUGAAGAGGGAGGCAGGAAGCGGGUGGUGGUGGUACUCCAGGAGAUGUUGGUUCUCCCCCAGACCCCUCCGUCUCUGGUCCCUCUGCUGACGGAGAAACUACUGAGUCUCAUACCCGAUGACCCCCGACGCAUCCAGACGGUGGCGGAGGUGAUCUCAGAGGUGCGUGAGCCCAUCGUAACCGUCAGCCAACCACUGGACGAGAAAGAGAAGCGCAAGAAACAAGUCAAGCUGGCGGAGGUGAAGGUGCGAGUCCUGGAGGCUAAGCAGGCUCUGGAUGACUGUAUAUCCAAUCAGGAGUUCAGCAAGGCAGCAGAACUGAAGGAGUCCAUAACUGACCUGGAAAACCUAAGGAACAAUAUACUGCAGGAAGAAGCUGCAGAGACCCAACCUGAAGACGAGACGCGUGUGGAGAAGACAGACCCAGAGACUCUACUGCGCUGUCUGACUAUAUGUUCUGAGCUACUGAAACAGAUGAAUAUCAAGACCAGGAUCGGACCCACACUGUCAGCCAUCCUCUCCUCUCUGAUCUUACCCAGUGUGGCCAACGCCCAGCCGGCUGUCAGGAAUAUGGCAGUGAUGUGUCUUGGGACCUGUGCUUUGCACAGCAAGGACCUGGCCAACACACACCUGGUUCUGCUGUUGCAGAUAGCCCAGCUGGAUGAGGCUAAGAUCCGUAUCAGCGCUCUGAGGGCCGUCAUCGACCUGCUGCUGCUCUACGGCUUCACCCUGCUGGCAGAGCAGCCCAGCUCCGCCCUCAAGGAAACACAGCCCUCCCAUUCGUUAGACCACCAGGAGGGGGAGGAGAAAGGGGAGGAGCCGGACGAGGGGAACAACUCUACCCAGUCCAUCCUGAUGAUGAUGUCUGAAUUCCUGGACAGUGAGGUUCCUGAGUUACGUACAGAGACAGCCGAGGGUCUGGCUAAGCUGAUGUAUUGUGGGCGCAUCUCCAGUGCCAAGCUCCUGUCCCGCCUGGUGCUGUUGUGGUACAACCCAGUGACCGAGGAUGACACCAGACUGAGACACUGCCUGGGCGUGUUCUUCCAGCUGUAUGCCCGUGAAAGCCGGUCCCACCAAGAGUGUGUGGAGGAGUGCUUUGUGCCAACCCUUCGUACCCUGCUGAACGCUCCUGCUACGUCUCCCCUGGCCGAGGUGGACGUCACCAAUGUAGCAGAGCUGCUGGUGGAACUGACGCGACCCAGUGCCCUGAUAAACCGCGCUGACACACAGGUGACCCCACAACCCAGUGCCCUGAAAAACCGCGCUGACACACAGGAGGUGUGUGUCCACGACUACCUGGCGGUGCGUGUGUGUGGUGAGAUCCUGAGUGACCCGUCAGCUCCUGAAGUCCGUCUUUACGCCAAAAUACUGAGCAACCUGGAGCUUAGUAGUGAUGUCAACACACGAAGAGAUCUAGUGACACUGUUACAACAGAUCACACAGGAGGUGAAGGAUCGGAUCUGUCUGAGAGCCGUGGCGAAGCUGAUUGGUCAGCUGCAGGACUCCAACGACCAACCAGAUCUCAGUGCUGUGGCACUACAGCCCCUAGACGGCAACGCUGAUGAGACAGCCUCCCAAGACCUCACCAAAUCUGCAAAAAGGCCAAAGAGAGGUCAGAGGAAAGCCAUCCCAGUCCAGAAGACCAGAACAGUGGAGUCCUCUGAUGAGAGCGAUGGGGAGAAUGUUCCAGACUCCGUGCCGGUGACCCGUCCAACCCGCCGGUCCAAGGCAGCCGCUUUGGAAAAAACCAGGCUGGACCUCAGCGCCCUCAUCAAUCAGGAGGCCAACACCUCUUAGGGUUAGAGGUCACAGAGCUAAGGGAAGAAACCUGAAGUGGCACCAUGCAGACAGCCCUGACCUGAUCCAUGAUAGUAUGGUCCUGUUCAGAUAUAAGCAGUAAACACUUGAACCAUGAAUUAAAACAUUGUGAACUUUUGAAUUGAAUAAAACUUACCUUUUAUCCUU